UGGCCAUGUUGCUGAAGCUGAACCUCAGCUGGAUUAAAUCCUGCAGUCGAUGAACUGCUACCUAGCAAGCGGGCAGGGCUAAAUGGGUCAAAUAGCCUCCUUUCAUUUAUAACCUUUUAUUCUAUCGAAACUUUAAAAAAACUACAUUUCCCAAGAAGCCGUGGGAGCGGAGGCCGGGGCGGCGCGGUGACGUCACCCCCGACGCUGGAGCCGGCGGAGAGCGUGUUCGGCCGGCAGCGAUGAGACAUGAGCGCAGAUAACAGUGAGCAGCCACCCGGGCAGCAGUCUGGGGGUCCCUCUGCCCCGGGCCCUCCCUGCCCCAGCACAGAGUCCCACAUGGACGUACAGGGGUACCGGCGUGUGCAGUGGCGCGUGCUGCUGUGCCACCUGGGCGCUGUGCUGAGCGCAGGGCUGCUGCUGCUGCUGUUCCACUGGAGACCCCGGCUGGGCGUCUGGGCGCGCUGCCAGCCCUGCCCGCUGUCCCAGGCCCAGCUGCUGCUCAUCAGGGACAGCCAUGGGCAGCGGUCUCUGGUGGACGUGAUCUCGGAGGAGGUGGAGGAAGGCAGCCUGGAGCAGCCGGGAGCCGAGCCGGAAGAGCCGGACUGGAGGGACACUGUGCAGCUGCACAAGGAGGAGACACCGGUGCUGCGGUACUACAUCUUUGAGGGGCUGCGCUACGUGUGGCUGGCCAGGAAGGGGGCGUUCUGCCGGGUCAGGUGGGUGUGUGCCUCUGUCUUCGACCCCGAGUAUCAUUUCACCCCACAGAACCGUGACCAGCAAUACGCAUGUCUCAGUGAUCAGUGUGUCGAUGUUGCUGUCUGUCCACAGCAAAGCGUCACUCUGCGCAGGAUGGCCCAGCUGGUGGUCAGCGUGCUGGUGCGCCGGGCCAGCGGGGAGGAGGAGAGUGUGAACUCGCUGGACCUGGUGCCCGGGGACUGCCUGCUGGUCCCCCCAGAGGGGCUGCUGCUGCCCUGCGACGCCGCCCUGCUGGAGGGCGAGUGCAUGGUGAACGAGAGCCUGCUGACAGGGGAGAGCGUGCCCGUCAUGAAGACCCCCCUGCUGAAGGGCACCGCGCUGUACUCCCCAGACGCGCACCAGCGACACACGCUGUUCUGCGGGACCCAGGUCAUCCAGGCCAAGGGAGCCAGCCAGGUGAACGCCAUUGCUGUGGUCACCCGCACAGGCUUCUUCACGGCGAAGGGGGAUCUGGUGAGCUCCAUCAUGUACCCCCAGCCAAUCAACUUCCGCUUCUACAGUGACUCCAUGAAGUUCCUGCUGUUCCUGGGGUUGCUAGCUGCGGUGGGCACAGUCUACAGCCUGGUGAUCCUGGGCCGGUCUGGGGUGAGUGUGCCAGCGCUGCCCAGGCUGCUGUCCGGGAAGCCGAGGCACAGAGGAGGGGUGGUGGGCCCCUGUCUCCGAUCGUCACCUCCUGCCCCAUCUCCGUGUCGCCCCCUGCAGGAGCUGCAGGAGCCGGAGGAGGAGGCAAGCAAGCUAUUCGGGGGGGUGAGGGUCCUGGCAGUGAUGAAGCCCCCUGCCCCUGAACAGCAGCCCCAGGGCAUCACUCCCAGCCGGCCCCUGGCCAUCCUGCGCCGGUUCCCCUUCUCCUCCGCGCUGCAGCGCAUGGGCGUGGUGGUCCGCGCCGCAGGGGAGACAGCAGCCCUGGCCUUCCUCAAGGGGGCGCCAGAGAUGGUGGCCAGCCUGUGCCGCAGAGACAGCGUGCCAGCCAGCUUCUCCAUGACUCUGCACCAGUUUGCCAGCGACGGGUUCCGGGUCCUGGGCCUGGCCUACAAGAGCCUGACCCAGCGCAGUCAGGAGGAGCUGGAGGACAUGACCAGGGAGGCGGUAGAGAGCGGCAUGCAGUUUCUGGGCUUCUUGGUGAUGCGGAACUUGGUGAAGCCAGAGACUGCGCCCGUCAUUUCCACACUGCGCCAGGCCAGCAUCCGCACCAUCAUGGCGACGGGUGACAACAUCCUGACAGCGGUGAAUGUGGCGAGGGGCUGCGGGAUGGUGGCGCCAGGCGAGAGGGUCAUUUUCGUCCACGGGACGCCCCCCCUGGGCUGCUCUCCGCCCACACUCAGAUUCCUGCUGGCAGAGUCUGGGGGGGCCACGCAGGAUGGAGUGGACUUCCCUGCUCAGGGUCUGUACCAGCAGGCCCCUGGCCCCUAUCACCUGGCGCUCAACGGGAAGUCCUUCUCUGUGCUGUGUGAGCACUUCCCCGAGUACCUGCCCAAGGUGCUGCUCCGGGGGACGAUCUACGCACGCAUGGCGCCAGAGCAGAAGACACAGCUGGUGAAGGAGCUGCAGAAAAUCAACUACUGCGUGGCCAUGUGUGGCGACGGUGCCAACGACUGCGGAGCCCUGCGCGCGGCGGACGUGGGCGUGUCUCUCUCGGAGGCGGAGGCGUCGGUGGCCUCGCCCUUCACCUCCCACACGGACGACAUCACCUGCAUCCCCCUGCUGAUCCGGGAGGGGCGCUGUUCUCUAGUCACAUCGUUUGGGCUCUUCAGAUACAUGGCGCUGUAUAGCCUGAUUCAGUUCAGCUCCGUCCUCAUCCUCUACACUGUCAAGACUAACCUGGGUGACUUGCAGUUCCUGUUCUUUGACCUGGUUCUGGUCACCUCCCUGGCGAUUGUGAUGGGUCGGUCCGGCCCGGCGGACCAGCUGUGUGCCCGCCGGCCCCCUGCCAGCCUGCUGGCCGCUCCGGUGCUGACCAGCCUGCUGCUGCACACGCUGCUCCUGGUGCUCACACAGAUCAGCACACUCUUCAUCACCAAGGCCCAGGACUGGUUUGUUCCUCUCAAUGACACAGUAGUGGGCGCUGGGAACCUGCCCAACUUCGAGAACACGGGGCUGUUUGGGGUGACGGGGUACCAGUACCUCAUCAUGGCGAUAGUGCUCUCCAAAGGACACCCCUUCAGGAAGCCCCUGUAUACUAACGUGCUGUUCAUGCUGGUGCUGGCGGUGCUGUGUGCCUUCAUGAGCUGGCUUGUGCUCUACCCUCUGCACGGGCUGCGCCAGCUGCUCUCGCUGCAGCAGGUCGAUGACAUGAAGUACAAGCUCCUGCUGGUGGCGCUGUCCGCCCUCAACUUCUUCUGCGCCCUGAUGCUGGAGGUGCUGGUGGAGCAGGCGCUGCCGUGCUGCCUGCAGCGGCUGAGAGGACCGCGCCCUUCCAAGAAGCUGUACAAGCGCCUGGACUCCGUCCUGCGGCUGGAGGGCCACUGGCCCCCCCUGGACCAGCCCCUGCCCUCCCCCGGCUCCACCGCCAUCGACGUCCGCUAGAGCCCCAGCACAGUAACUGACAGUGAGGCUGGGGACCCCCACUGAAGAACCUCCUGG